UUCUUUCUUGAAGUACUGCAGAGGCUCAGCUGAAAACAGGAAAAAAAGAAAAGAAAAAGAACAAGAAACCUCACCGGCAGUUGCUACCUCAGGUCCUGUCAUACUACUGUGGGAUACCAGAAAAUUUGGCUUGACGACACAAACAGCUAGUUUGUGCUAUGGGUGUGCACUGCUAACGUCCCGGCUUCUUUCCUUCUCAACCGUACAGCCAUCGACACCUCUGGUGCAGACACACUUGCAUGGUGAUCCCUCCCGCAUCACGCCCUCCCAGAAUCCCGCUGUAGCUCCUGCUGCGCUCGGAAAAGCCCCACAGGAAAGAUGGAUGAUGCGUACAGGGACAGGACUUCAUUGGUUAAGGGGGCAAAGGACAUCGCCCGGGAGGCCAAGCGGCACGCGGUGAAGAAGGUGAGCAAGGUGGUGGACCGGGCCUCGGACGAGUACACUCAGCGCUCCUACAGCCGCUUCCAGGACGAGGAGGACGAGGAUGAUGACAACUACUACUACCGGCAGGACGGCAACUAUGCGGGGGGCACCGCCAACGACGAGGAAGGGUCAAGCGACGCCACGGAGGGCCAUGACGACGAGGACGAAAUCUACGAGGGGGAGUACCAGGGCAUACCGGCGGGGGGGCAGGCCAAGGACAGCCGGGUGGCCGUGGGGCAGCCGGUGGCGGACGGGCUGAAGGACCGGAAGGAGCUGGAGAUGGAGCGGCAGGCGGACGAGGAGGAGCUGGCGCAGCAGUACGAGCUGAUCAUCCAGGAGUGCGGGCACGGCCGCUUCCAGUGGCAGCUCUUCUUCGUCCUGGGCCUGGCGCUCAUGUCCGACGGCGUGGAGGUCUUCGUGGUGGGCUUCGUGCUGCCCAGUGCUGAGACGGACAUGUGCAUCCCCAACUCCGGUGCCGGCUGGUUAGGCAGCAUUGUGUACCUGGGAAUGAUGGUGGGCGCUUUCUUCUGGGGGGGUCUGUCCGACAAGGUGGGCCGCCGGCAGUCCCUCCUCAUCUGCAUGUCCGUCAACGGCUUCUUCGCCUUCCUCUCGUCCUUCGUGCAGGGCUACAGCGUCUUCCUGUUCUGCCGCAUGCUCUCUGGCUUCGGGAUCGGCGGGGCAGUCCCCAUCGUGUUCUCCUUCUUCUCGGAGGUGCUGGCGAGGGAGAAGAGAGGGGAGCACCUGAGCUGGCUCUGUAUGUUCUGGAUGAUCGGGGGCAUCUACGCCUCUGCCAUGGCCUGGGCCAUCAUCCCCCACUACGGCUGGAGCUUCAGCAUGGGUUCGGCCUAUCAGUUCCACAGCUGGAGGGUUUUCGUGGUGGUCUGCGCUCUGCCCUGCGUCUGUGCAGUUGUGGCCCUCACCUUCAUGCCAGAGAGCCCCAGAUUCUACCUUGAGGUGGGGAAGCAUGACGAGGCCUGGAUGGUUCUCAAGCAAAUUCACGACACCAACAUGCGGGCGCGCGGACAGCCCGAGAAGGUCUUUACGGUGAACAGAAUCAAAAUCCCAAAGCAGAUAGAUGAGCUGGUGGAGAUGCACUCAGAGUCGGGGAAUCCUGCCUCCAAGGUCUUCUUCAGGGUGAAGUCAGAGCUGCAUGGGAUCUGGUUAACUUUCUUGAGAUGUUUCAACUACCCAGUGAAAGACAACACCAUCAAGCUUGCUGUUGUGUGGUUUACAUUGUCUUUCGGGUACUACGGCCUCUCCGUCUGGUUCCCCGACGUCAUCAAGCACCUGCAGGCCGACGAGUACGCCUCGCGGGUCAAGACCCACAACAACGAGCGCAUCGAGGACUUCACCUUCAACUUCACCCUGGAGAACCAGAUCCACACCAACGGAGUGUUCAUCAAUGACAGAUUCAUCGGUAUGAAGUUCAAGUCCGUCACCUUCAUCGACUCUACCUUCCAAAAUUGCUACUUUGACGACGUCACGUCGGUGGGCUCCUUUUUCAGGAACUGCACAUUCAUCGAGGCCUUUUUCUUCAACACCGAUAUUGAUGACUCCAAACUGAUAGACACGCAGGUGAUAAACAGCACAUUCCAUCACAACAAGACUGGCUGUCAGAUGACGUUUGACGAUGACUACAGUGCCUACUGGGUGUAUUUUGUCAAUUUCCUGGGGACGCUUGCUGUGUUGCCGGGGAAUAUAGUGUCUGCACUUCUCAUGGACAAGAUAGGCCGAUUGACAAUGUUAGGUGGCUCCAUGGUCCUGUCAGGGAUCAGCUGUUUCUUCCUGUGGUUUGGGACCAGUGAGUCUAUGAUGAUAGGCAUGCUGUGUCUAUACAACGGUCUAAGCAUCUCUGCCUGGAACUCCCUGGACGUGGUCACUGUGGAGCUCUACCCUACAGACAGGAGGGGAACCGGGUUCGGGUUCUGUAACUCAAUGUGCAAGCUGGCGGCGGUGCUGGGGAACCUGAUUUUCGGCUCGCUGGUGGGCAUCACGAAAGCCAUCCCCAUCCUGCUGGCCUCCACCGUGCUGGUGUGCGGGGGGCUCGUGGGACUUCGGCUACCGGACACCAGGGCCAACGUCCUCAUGUAACCCCGCUGCGGGGGACACAGGGUGCAAAAGGCUCAGAUCACCCAGAUUCAUGCGUGUAACAUUUACCCCUCUUUGUUUAGCCAUUCGUUUCCACCUCACAGCCACACGGCCUCCGGGUUGCUGAGUGAACCGGGCCAAGAUGGUGCUGCAGCUUAGACAUGAGUCAGAGAGGCUCUGCUGCUGCGUCAUGUGUUCCAUAGUGUGCCAUGGCUGCAGACAUGAGUCAGUGCUGGUGAAACGACUGAGUCUCAACGAGUCUUCACUGCAAUAGCUGCUGGUACAAGCGAUUAUUAAUAUGCUCCUGUCAAAACAGACCAGAUGGAGGAGAGAGUAAAAAACAAGCGCUAAUGAGGCAACUCGUUUUUGCACUGAGCCGGCA